GUGUGCGCAGGUCAGCGCUGUUUAUGCUCCUCUGAUCUCCGACGCGCGCUCUGUUGUGCACGCGCCCCGCACAGGAUGAUCUUGUUACAUUGUAGCGCGGCGUAACAGUGCGUCAUAAAGAGGAAGAGCGUUUGAUCCGGCCGAAUCGACCGUUUUUAAACUUUUCAUCGGAUACCCCGGAAUUCUCGGUUUCCGCGCGGGCGUUUGGAGCGCCGAGAGCGGAGGACAGAUCCUGAUUUACGCAGCGGACGGACGGGGGGGUGCUCGGUGUCGGACGGUGAUUCCGGACUCGGUCCUGACCAUCGAGAUCCCCGUGGAUGACCUCCAGAAGCAUGUAUCCGCACGGAAGACCGCAGGCUCCGCUGGUGUCAGGUCACGCCGGCAUGAAAUUCACCGUUCUGGAGACUCUGGAUCACAUAAAAGAGGAGUUCCAGCUGUUCCAGGCUCAGUAUCACAGUCUGAAGCUGGAAUGCGAGAAGCUGGCGAGUGAGAAAACAGAGAUGCACAGACAUUAUAUCAUGUAUUAUGAAAUGUCUUACGGGCUGAACAUCGAGAUGCAGAAGCAGGCGGAGAUCGUAAAGCGGCUCAGUGCUAUAUGCACUCAGAUCAUUCCACUGCUGUCUCAAGAGCAUCAGCAUCAGGUCGCUCAGGCAGUGGAAAGAUCCAAACACGUCAGCAUGGCGGAGCUCAACGCCAUCAUUGGGUUUGAUGCUCUGGGUUUGCAGCAGCAGCAGUUCCAGCAUCUGUCCCAUCAUGCACCUGGUUUCCCUCUGACGCCGCACCCCUCAGGACUAACUCUGGGAGCGGGUGCAGGACUCAUGGCUCUUCCCGGAGCUUUUCCUUUCCCUCCACACCUGAUGCCUAAAGACGACCUCAGUCACCCCGAGACCCUCGAAUCCAGAGACGGAGCAGCGAAUAGGAGUGGCAGUGGUUCACCGGUGGGUCAUCGGUCAGUGGGUCUGCGUCUGGCUCUUCCUCCUCCUUCCUCCUCUUCUUCCUCUCACUCUGAUCUAGACAGUAAACGGAGCGGCUCAGACGCAGGACGGACACGACGGGAAAGCGGCAGUAAAAAUGAAGACGCUCUCAGAAGAGACGGCGCUAAAGAGAAAAGCGUGUCUCCUGCUGGAGUUUCUCCCAGGUCUACUGAAGGGAACGGGUUAAACAGUUCUCCAGUGCUGCGCAAGAAUCCAUCCAGAGAAGGUUCAUCCUCUCCUCCGUCUCAACCUCGCUCACCUGCACUCUGCAAGAGCCCAACCCAGGAAAAGGUGCGAUCUCCGUCUCCAUCAGCGUCUCAUGAGUCUCUGUCUCCUGGCUCUCCAGCAGCUCCUCGUCCUCUGUCCUCCUCUGCCCGCGGCCCGUCUCCCGCUCUCAAACACUAGGACCCACUCCUAACCAUGGAGUGAGACUAGUGAAAGACAGCCGCUACCCCUCCCCAGCCCGCCCUUCCCAGAAUGCACGGGGCCAGUCCCAGAAUGCACCGGUCGGGCCCUGAGCGCUCGGGCCGGGGCAUCAGGUGCCUUUCAGAAGCCCUUCAUCCGUCCUCGUGGCCCUCCGAGCCGAACUCUGAGCGAAGCACAUCUGUGUUUUCCACACACCGGGCGUAAUCAGCCAAUCAGCUGGCCUGACAGAUCCGUCGGCCAAUUAGAAAGCAAGCUGAAUAUUCUGUGUGACCGGCAAAUGGAGGCAAGAUACUGAUUUGACUGUAUCAUCUCCCACACAGAAAUGGACUGAGAUACUUUUACUGCCACUUUUAUCAACACGAGUUCAAAACUAAAGACACAAUCAAACGGACAUUAAAGUUUUCCUGUUUUACCACCGUCUCACUUUGUUCCCCAAGAGCUGCAAAGUCCCUCAACCUAUCACAUGGUUUCCCCUCAUCGAGACAGAUUUGAAUAAAACUGAUUUCAAGUGUAUAGCACUACUUUCACGCAGUAUUGAAAGAGAUAAAUAAACCUGCAUCUGUUGUUUAUAUUAUACAUAAA